GUGUAAAUGGUUGUUAUAUCUGAUGUGGGACUGGCUGGCAACCAGUGCAGGGUGUACCUUGCCUCUUGGCCAAAUUAAGCCGGGAUAGGCUCCUGCCUACCAUCGACCCAAAUGAGGACAGGCGCUUUUGAAAAUGGAUGAGACUUGUCGGACACAUCAGGGGACUCGUCUACAGCCAAGCCAAGAGAUAAUGCCUGACGGAUGGAUGGCUUCAUCUAGAUCACACCUUGGCAAACUUUCAGAAGAUGUUCUCCAGAGGAUGAGGGGCGUGGCCAACAUUCCUCCACAGCGUACACAGAGAGACACAGGUGCCUCUUUAAGGGCCAGCUCCAGCAGCCAACCCCAGCAGAACCCGCAGCACCGGGGCCAGUCAAGCACCCAGUCCAACACUAACAAAACAACUGCUCAAGUCAAGAAAGAACAGCAGAAGACUGAUCGCCAGCAUAGCAUACUGAGGGAGGAGUUGGACCAGAAAAGAGAGGCAGAGAAAGGGAAGGAGGAGAUGAUUAAGGCAAUGAGUCGGGACAGACAACAGACACGCCAGGAGGCUGAGAAGGCCAAACAGUUGAGUCAAGAGCUUCAGAAGAAAGAGUUACGACUGAAAGCGUUGGAUGCUUUCUAUAAGGAGCAGGUGGCACUACUGGAGAAGAGGAAUUUGGAAAUGUACGAACAGAGCAAGGAAAAAUUCCACCGAGCUGCAGCCAAUACAGAAUCAAACGUGAGGUCUCGGAGUACCGACGCCGUAUGUCCUGACCUGCAGGCUCAGAUAUUAUCAUGCUACAAGAUGAAUGGACAGCAAACUUUAAGAUGUUCAGAGCUGGCCAAAGAAUACAUGCAAUGUAUCAAUGCAGCAAAGAGGUUCUUUUUGUAGAUACACACUCAAAAUAAUUGGACUGGAAAUGAAGAUAGAGUCUCUCUUUUGCAACCUGCUGAUUACACUCUGCGAAACUUUAAGCUCCCUCUGAGAACAUCACGUGCGAAGCCUUGCAAUGGUGAGGUACUGUUGAUGAAUUGUUUGGUGUUGUUUUGGUCCUGAGGACAAAAUGUGAACAGCGUGAUGAAGAGGACUUUUAAAUACCAAUUCUAAUUAAGCCACUAAAUGUAUCUGUCGAGUCAUGGAUCAAACACCUGUUGUGAAUUUUGCCAUUAAGCCCAUUGUUAGCGAAGAGUAAGUUGUGUGAAGUUGAACAUUCAAAAGUUCAAGGUCAAAUAAACUCACCUGUAAAGGUUAUAGCGCACUUUAGGGCCAUCCUGAAUUUUCACUCAAAAGCUGACUAUUACUAACUUUUGUGAGUAGUGUAUGCUGUAUGUACUAAAGCCAAAUGUUUUUGUAUUAUAUUCAGUUAUAAGUUUGAUUUGAAGCACUCAAAGUUAAAUAUACCCUUUGAGUGCUUCUUUUUAGCUUUUCACAUUGCUCAUUUGGAGCCAGGGUUGUAUUAUUCAAAGGAGCAGCUAGAUACACGCGUCACUGCCUGUGCUUGAAGUUCAUAAAAAGAGGGAAUAUGUAAAGAAAAAGAGAUAAGACCGAAUAUUGAACAGUUGCUUUUUCAAAAUGUACUGUAUCUAGUGGAGGUAUUUGAAUUUGAAUGUGUCCAAACAUAGCGAAGCCGUUCUGUUUGCUCAGCGACACGAAUAUGUCCCCUCGAUAAACUAUAUAGCCCAAAGUAUUUGGCCACCUGAUCACCUGCAGGAAUUGUGCCAUCUGCGUCAUUCUUUGUAGCACCACCUUUCGCUGCAAUUACAGCUGCAAGUCUUUUGGGGUAUGUCUCAAGCAGUUGAGCACAUCUAGACACUGAAAUAUGUGCCUAUUCUUUGGAAAGGAGCUCAAACUCAGCCAGAUUGGAUGCACAGCAUCUGUGAACAGCAAUUUUCAAGUCUCGCCACGGAUGCGCAAUGGGAUUUAGGGCUGGACUUUGACUGAGCCAUUCUAUCACAUUAAUAUCCUUUGAUCCACACCAUUCCAUUGAAGCGUUGGCUUUAUGUACAGGGUCAUUUUAUUGCUGGAAGAUGAACCUCCUUCCUGGUCUCAAGUCUUUUGCAACCUCCAACAGGUUCUUCCAAGAUUGCCCUGGAUUGUAUUUAGCUCCAUCCAACUUCCCAUCAACUCUGUUGAAGAAAAGCAUCCCCACAGCACCACCCCCGUGUUUCACAGUGGGGGGUGGGGUGUUUAGGGUUUGCAUUUCGGCCCAAGAAAUUCAACAUUGAUCUCAACUGACCAAAGCACCUUCUUCCACAUGUUUGCAGUGUCCCCUACAUGGCUUUUGGCAAAAUGCAAACGGGACUUCUUAUGCCUUCCUUUCCACAAUGGCUUUCUUCUUGCCACUCUUCGGUAAAGGUACCAUUUGUGGAGACAGAUUCUGCCACCUGAGCUGUGGAUUUCUGCAGCUCCUCCACAGUGACCAUUGGCCUCUUGGCUGCUUCUCUAAUGCCUAGAUCAGACUACAGGAUUUUAGUCCCGAUAUUGGCCCGAUUUGCUAUCGCGGGCGAUUUCCAAGAUCGAGCCCGACAGUUUGUCGGGAACGACAAAACAUCUCGAAGUGUGACAAAAUCCACGACCAACGAUUUGGCCCUAUGACGGCAAAAUGAAAAGUCU